CUGAGCCAGUGUUACCAGUGUUACACUAUUUCUGGAGCGUGUGUUGUUUAAAAGGUCAGACAGAGACAGAAGGGGGUGGAGGGGGGUAGGGAAAAAAGGAAGAAGAGAGCGAGAGAGACCAAGGAAAUCAGAAGAAAGACAGAGGUGAAGAAGGAAGAAGACAGUAUUGUCUGUCUGUCAGUUCAGUGAUUACUUUAGUUAGAGUGGAGAUUCAUUCCGUUUUUGAACAGACGACUCUGGACACAUGGAGGAUUCAGAGAAUAUCGCUGUGACCAAUGAAACAAAGGUAAUGAGUGACCAGGAUGCCAAACAUGUGAAGUCCCCAGAGACAAAAUGUGUUGCAGAGUCAGAGCCAGGAGGUGGGACUGACACUACAGAGGGUGGAGCUAAUGAGAAAAACAAAGAAAACCAUGAGAACACAAAAGCUGAAGCCAGUGACAGUGAGGCAUGUGAGCAAGAGGACGGAGUCACAGAGAAUGCCAACAUCGUGGAAGAGAAAGAAGAACAAGAGAAGGAUAUCAAAGAACAUAAACCUGGAGAACAAGAAAAAGAGACAGGGAUAAAUGAAAACAAAGAAAGUGAGGUAGAACAAGAAAAGAAGAGUAACAACGACCCUCACAGGAAAGAGAAUGAUUCCUGCAACAAAGAGGGACAACUUGAGGUAAAGCACAAAGAAGAGGACAAGAGAACAAAAGAAACUGAAGGCAAAACUAAAAAUAAAGAAGAUGAAAGAAAAACAAAAGAGAAAAAAGAGACUAAAGAUAUCAAGAACAAACCAGAAAAUCUGGGAAGAAAAAGUGGAAAAGCUCCAUCCUCUGCUCUCAGAGCCCCCACCAAGUCAUCUGCUCGACCCUCGGCCAGAAGAGAUGCCAUGGCCAAGUUUCAGAAGGACCAGACUCCAGGAGUCAGAAACUUUCAAGUCCAACGGACAUCUAUAGGUAUGACUGGUGGAGCAUCAAUUAAACAGAAAAUUCUGCAGUGGUGCAGGAACAAAACACAGAAGUAUGAGGGUGUCAACAUAGAAAACUUCUCUUCUUCCUGGAGUGAUGGCCUGGCUUUCUGUGCACUCGUUCAUCGCUUCUUUCCCUCUGCUUUUGACUUCUCCUCCCUCAAAGCAAGUGAACGGGAGAAGAAUUUCACUCUGGCCUUCAGUACAGCAGAAUCUCUUGCUGACUGCUGCCCCCUUUUGGAAGUGUCUGACAUGUUACUAAUGGGCAACAACCCAGAUCCUCUGUGUGUUUUUACCUAUGUACAGGCUCUCUGUCAUCACCUCUCAAAGACAGAGAAAGAGAGGAGGGAAAAAGAGAGCAUGGAGAAGGACAAAAACAAAGAAGAAGAUCAAGGGGUUUCUGAAGGUAAUGAAGAUGGAGAGAGGGAUGAGAUUAAACAAAAUGAGGAGACAGAGGAAAAUGGAUCAGCUUCUGACAGAAAGAUAGAACAAGAGACAGAUCAGAAUGAAAAUGUAAUAAAUGCAGGUGCUUUGAAUGAAAAAUAGAAAAACGACAUAAAUCAAAGAAAAAGGAAAGGGGAGAGUCAGAAUAAUUUUGUUGUCAUAAUCUGCUUUUUUGAAGGUAUGGAUAGUGAUGUUUGUGUCUAAUGUGGAUGAUGAAUGUGUUAUUCUUUGUUGAGUUGUUUGGGAUUGUAUAGGUAUUUCAUUAUACAGAUUUUCAUUUCCUCAAAUGCUUAAAAAUGUAUAGGCCUGAAAAUAUAAUAAAAGUCACA